AGAUAGAGGGAGAAGUUGCUAAGUACCCUGAUCUAUUUGAAGAGCCGACAGGGGUUGUUGAGAGGGAGGUCGUCCACGCGAUAGAGAUUAUCCCAGGGUCUAGUAUUCCGAAGGGUCAGAUCUAAAGGAUGUCUCCAGGCAAGCUUGAUGAGCUUCGCCGCCAACUCAAGGAACUCRUAGAGAAGGGUUGGAUCCGGUCGAGUGUCUCUCCUUAUGGAUCUCCAAUACUAUUUGUACCUAAGAAGGAGGGUACACUUAGGAUGUGCAUUGACUAUAGGGACCUCAAUGCCAUCACUGUAAAGAAUAGAGAGCCCCUACCGCGCAUCGAUGAUAUGCUAGAUAGGGUGCAAGGGUGUCGGAACUUCGGUAAGUUAGAUCUGAAGUCCGGGUACCAUCAGAUUGCAAUCCGGCCYGAGGAUCAACACAAAACCGCCUUUCAGACCAGGUACGGUCUGUACGAGUUUGUGGUGAUGCCUUUUGGCCUGUGCAAUGCUCCUGGCACCUUUCAGCACGCUAUGAAUCAGAUAUUCCAUGACUACUUGGAUAAGUUUGUCAUCGUGUACCUCGAUGACAUACUUAUUUUUAGUAAGACUGUCGAGGAGCACGUUGCACAUUUGGACAAAGUCCUUAGUCUCCUGCGACAACACAAGUUCAAGAUCAACGGUAAGAAGUGCGAGUUUGGCCGCACCCGUGUCUUGUACUUGGGUCAUGAGAUCUCCGCGGAAGGGUUGAAGCCCGAUGACACGAAGGUGGCCAGCAUUCGUGAUUGGCCACGUCCUCAGUCUGUGAUUGAGAUGAGAUUUUUCUUAGGAAUGACAGGCUACUAUAGGACUUUCGUUAAGAACUAUAGCAUAGUGGCCGCUCCUUUGACUGAUCUGACCCGCCUUGACACCCCAUGGGAGUGGACAGAUGAGUGUGAGGCUACUUUCAGACAUCUGAAGCAUAUGUUGACGCACUACGAGGUCUUGAAACUUCCUGAUCCUGAUAAGCCGUUUAUAGUCACCACGGAUGCCAGCCAAUAUGGCAUUGGCGCCGUGCUUGCGCAGCAGGAGGGGCCAAAGUUGAGGCCAGUAGAGUACAUGUCCAAGAAAAUGCCGUCUCAGAAGUUGGCUAAGUCCACCUAUGAGAAGGAACUCUAUGCGGUGUACAAGGCUCUGACCCAUUGGAGACACUAUCUCCUUGGGAGGUUCUUCAUCCUCAGGACUGAUCAUCAGACCCUGAGAUGGAUGAGAACUCAGCCGGUACUCUCUGACGCUCUCAAGCGUUGGAUCGAAGUCAUUGAGCAAUAUGACUUUGACCCUCAGUAUCUGAAAGGGGAGUACAACAAGGUUGUUGAUGCCUUGUCGCGUAGACCUGAUUUCUCAGGUGCGCUGAUUACUGAGUUCGCUCUGACGGACCAUGUUACUCAAUCCUUGGUGGAAGCCUAUCGCGAGGACCAGUUCAUGUCUGAGAUCAUACGCAGACUCGAGGCGAAGGGCAAGAAGACCUAUGCCGAGUUUGAAUUGGUCAAUGGCUUGUUGUUCCUUGAGAAGGCAGGGAAUAAACGAUUGUGUGUCCCUAAUAGCGAGUCUUUGCGUAGUUUAUUUUUAGGUGAAUGCCAUGAUGCCACCGGCCAUUUUGGGUAUAAGAAGACUGCAGCCAAUCUGCUGCAGCGGUUCUGGUGGCCCACGAUGAUGCGAGAUGCCCAGUUGUACGUGGAGACUUGUCAAGUUUGUCAAAGGGACAAGCCACGUACUCAGGCUCCUCUUGGGCUUUUGAAGCCCAUUCCAAUUCCGGAACGGCCUGGUGAGCGUCUGUCCAUGGAUCUCAUGGAUACUCUCAUCACUAGCAAGAGCGGGAUGCGUCACAUCUUCGUCAUCGUGGAUAGAUUUAGUAAGUAUGCUAGGGAUGUCCGAUUUACCAGCGAACUGUGGAAAGCCGCUGCUGCAGAGCAGGGAACCCAGUUGCAAAUGACUUCUGGGAAUUACCCAGAGGCCAACGGCCAAGCCGAGCAACUGAACCGCGUUGUACAACACUUGUUGAGGCAUUACAUCAAGCCCAACCAGGUGGACUGGGAUGAGAAGCUUGCACUCAUCGCCAGUCUGUAUAACAAUGCGGUACACAGUGCCACCGGGGUGAGCCCGAACAGUUUGCCACUGACUUUCGAGCCUAGAUUACCCUUGGAUUUUCUCCUUCCUGAGAAUCAGUCGACUGCUGCACCAGGUACCUUAGAAUUUGCUUACCGCUAUGAACAGAAGAUGCAGCAGGCUGUAGAACAGAUGCAGAAGGCGCAGGCUACAAUGAUAGAGUCUGAAAAUAGACAUCGCCGACCUUCUACAUUUCAGGUUGGGGAUAGGGUCUGGGUUAAGUCUUCAGAACUGGGACAGGAGCACGGGAUCUCCCGCAAACUUAUGCCCCAGUACUUUGGACCCUGGGAAGUCUUGGAUAUCGUUGGGACAGAUCCGGAUGGGCCAUCUUAUGUUAUCCGGAUCCCUGGUCACCUCCGUACUUACCCUGUCUUUCACGCCUCCAAGCUGGCACCUUUCAAAGAGACUGAUCAAUUCCCAUCUCGACGCUCAAUGCUGCCCCCAACCAUGGACGGAGAGGUGGACAUCGAUGAUAUUGUGGAUCACAGAGAGCUGCCGGUAUCAAGACCAGCAGGCAGGGGACGUCCUCCAAAACCGAAGCUGCAGUACCGCGUUCGGUUCCGGCAUCACACUGAUCCGAAGGAGGACCGCUGGUUCACCAGGGAAGAGCUCAUGCAGACCGCUCCUCAAGUUGUGGCCCAAUACGAGAGACCUCUGCAGAAGGGGAAGCGCCCUUUGAUUGAAGACUGAGCUUCUCAGAGGACUGUCGAAGCUAGGGAGGAGGGAAUGCGAGGCCAUUGCCUCUAUGAGGCCCAUAAGGCCCCAUUUUGCAGCCCGUCGG